GCGGAAAACAAAACAAAGCCCAGAUUCCUCUCCGAACAGCGCCUAUGCUUUUUUAUUCAGCUCCUCUCACCUCUUUUUUUCUUCUGUUUGGUAUUGUUGUUGUUCCCUUCUUUCUCUCUCCCCCCCUCUCUAUAGGAGGAAGAGAAGAUAUAUGCCCUGCCCAGCCCAUCUCCCUCAAGGAAAUUGCGACGAGCGACACUGCUGGCCCCUUUAAGAUUGACCUGAGACUACUUCCACACCAAGAGUGCAAGAGGAGCUAGAGAGCCUCUGGCAAGGAAGAGAUAGCAGCAGCUAGCAUUUGUUGAAGUAAGAGAGCUCAUCUCUAGCUCUCCUCUCUCUCCAGCGCGCGGCCGGUGAUGAACAGAGGAGAAUUCCAGACCUCCCUUGUCCAGCAGAUGAUCUGGAGCGGUACCGGCAGUGGCGGCGGCAAUACUGCCACAGCCAGCAGCAAUAAUAUCAUGAGCAGCUUCAAGUCGUGCCAUGAGGAUCAAGAGGCCUCCCCCAUCCUGCCCUCCUUGUCGUCUCCAUCCAUGCUCUUCCCACAGCAGUUUCUGCACACCGGUACCUCUUCAGGCCAGCUAGGUCAUAUCAACGGCGGCGCGGCUGGUUCUCUUCCAAGUCUGCAAGACGGCGGCAGCGGUCAGGAGAACCACAUGCCAGAAUCAUGGAGCCAGAUGCUUCUAGGGGGGUUAGUUGCAGGAGACCAUGAGCGAUACAGCGCCACCGCAGCUCUCCCGUCAAAGGGCAUAGAGAAUUGGGGGGAUCACGCUGAAACUGCAGCAAGUGCAUGCAUGGUGGGUGGUGGUGGUAUGAAGGAGGAGGGCUCCGCCAUGCCUCAACCUCCGUACAACUUCUAUGGGAGCCACAGCCACGUCGCUGCUGGUGACCAUGAGAUGCCGGCGCCAGGAGGGGCCAGCAAGUCUCAGCUGAGCCAGAUGCUCCUGGCCUCGUCUCCUAGGUCGUGCAUCACCACCAGCCUCGGCAGCAACAUGCUCGACUUCUCAAACAGCGCGCCACUUCCGGAGCUAAAGAGCCACCAUCAUAUCUCUGAUAACUCAUCCGAGUGCAACAGCACUGCUACAGGUUCAGCCAACAAGAAGCCUAGGGUUCAGGCCUCCUCUUCGGCACAAUCUACUCUAAAGGUGAGAAAGGAGAGAUUGGGUGAUAGAAUAACUGCUCUUCACCAGAUUGUUUCCCCGUUCGGCAAGACUGACACGGCGUCUGUACUGCAAGAGACCAUUGGCUAUAUCAGAUUCCUCCUGGGCCAAAUUGAGGCUCUCAGCUACCCCUACAUGGGCCAUGGGACCUCCAUUCAAAAUGGACCAAUUGGAGAAAGGAACCCUGCAGGGCUCUUCCCAGAAUUCCCGGGCCAGUUGCUAAACCAUAAUAACAACACUGGAGCACAGCAGCCUGCAGCAGUCCAGCCUGAUGAGCAGCAGGGUGUGAAUGACGACAUGAAGAAGGACUUGAGGAGCCGAGGGCUGUGCCUCGUCCCGGUGUCAUGUACAUCGCACUUUGGAGGGGACAAUGCCGCUGACUACUGGGCCCCGGCGCCGCUCGGUGGGAUCCUCCGCUAGAGCAUUCACCACCACUGAAGCAUGCAUGCAUAGUCGUUGUCUUGAUGUGGCGAGCUGCUGUUUCGUGCAAGUAUAUGUUCAUGAGGCCACAGGUAGACACAGCUCUCUAAGUAUCAUCACAAGGGUGGUGCAUGGUUGCUGGGAAACAUAACAUCAUGAGCAGUCAUUCUGGUAAGGGAGAAGGAUACCUGUAAGGCUGAUUGCUCUUGAUGCUAUGCGAGUAGUAUGACCUUUUUGGGGCCGCAAAGCUUCAUCUGUAUCUGCAAGGGAGGGCUUCAAGAAGAAGAUCUAGAUCUUCUCUGGUCCCUCUUGCAAAUUUAUUUCGUUGAUCAUAUGUAAUUAAAAUCUAGCAAGCUAGUUAACAUCUUUACUCAUUAUAUCUGCAAUGCUGCUCGUACAAGUUGGCCAGGACAGGAGAGCAAGUCCCGAGGUGCGGUCUUAUUGAUUUAUGCGCCGCUGGGUGUGUACUAGAGAAGUUCAUAUCACAUAUGUAUAUUACAAUAGUAAAUUUCACAACCAAAAUUUUCAACUUC